AUGUAUUCAAGUUAUCAGAUUGUGAUUGAAAAUGAGCCAGAAUGUGUAAAUUUGUAAGACAUACCCAUACUGUAUGUGAAUUCAAUAGCUUUGUAAUUUAAGGAUGAAUAGAUGACAGAGUUUAAAGUCAUCGAAUUUGCAUUGAUAAUACUCUCAAUGUUGAUUAGUAUGAUUUGUGGUGCACGUUACUUGAUGUGAGCAUGAAAUUAGUUAAUGUUAGUGUGUCGAUGACUUACAUGUGUUAGACAACAAUCAGCAUAUUGGCACUCCUAUCAUUGAUGUUAAUGAUAUUGCCAUCAAUCACUCUAUGUUCUAAGACAUUCAAGAUGAGUUUGCAUAUGUAGAGAAUAGCACAAUUGUUAUAUUCAUUGUUAUUGACCUUGGGAGCAAUAAUAUUUUUUUUUUUCAAACUCAAACUUAUCAAGAAUGCCGACUCUAAGGGAAGGUAAUAGUAGAGGAAAUCAGAACAUUGCCAUUUCUAUUAGAAAUUCUUUGUUGUCUGAUGAAUCUAGCUUAUGUAAGUUACUUGCAUUAUGUUACUGUGUAAUAUUGCAAUAAGGAGUAACCAAUCAGAAUGUAGAUAGUGCAAAAGAUUAUGAACACAAUAGUACCAAUAAUUUGAUAUUAU